UUGUACGUAGAAGUGAAAUAAAAGGAAGCAAACGUACUUUAUAAAUGUCGUCCUAAGAAAUCUUUACCACCUUGAUGCUGAACUAAAGAGAAAKCAGGCUUCGCAAACGUUGAUUGAAGGUUUGUCCUUCAAACGCUACAGGCGUUUUUCUUAUUUAUUACAAUGCUGGCUCGUCUUUUAGUUCGUGGAAUGUCAAGUUGUUUUAACUUUUCUCAAUCAUGAAUCAAACCAAACGAGUUAAUAAAGGUCGUGGAGGAACAGGAGGAGGAUUCAACAGGGACAGAACCCGGAGAGSUUUCAACGUCGUCAAUACAUAUGGCCAGAACGAUGAGUCUAAGUCACACAACGGCAACGAAGUCUAUCAAAAUCGGAUCUUGAUUCAUACAAUUACCAAAUUACUUGGUUGUCGAGUAACCCUAGAAACAUACAAUGGAGUAAUCUAUGAUGGUAUUCUAAAGACAAUGUCACCAAAGGGUGACUUGAUCUUGGAAAUGGCUCAUAUGUGUGCAAAAAGGAAUGAACAUCAAAAGAUAGAGGAUUUCAUCCAAGUCCCUUCAAGAAAUGAGGUUAUUAAUACUCUUGUGUUGGGUGCCAAGCAUGUUGUUUAUAUGUCAAUAUCAAAUGUGGAUCUUGAGGAAGUCAAAAAAGAUAAUUUCACUGAUCAAGCUAUUAGCAGUCGUGGCUUGAAUGGGCAACUUGGUAAUGAUCGUCAACUGCAGAAAUGGGAAGAUCCCUCUGUUGWACCUGAUGAAUCUCUGACUCUUGAUGAACAAAAUGUGAAUGGUCUUGAUCCAAAUGAGAUGUUUCUUGCCAAUGAGAAAUUUGGUGUAAAAUCUACAUUUGAUGAAGAUAUGCUGUCAUACACCACACCUAUUGAAGGAUCCAAGGAACUGGAAUACAAAGCAGAAAGACUUGCAAGGGAGAUUGAAGAGGAAAAUAACUACAGAGAUAAUUCUGAAUUAGACAGUGGUAAAACAGAAGAAGAAUUAUUCUCUGCUGUUGUCCGGAAUUCUCCUUCAAUAGAMCAUUCUCAGGCUGGUAAAGKCAAGCACRGUUCCCCAGCUAGAGAUGACAGCAAGCAUGACRCAUCAGUAGAUUCCCCUAAGAGUGUUUCACCUAAACCACAGAGGGUUCAACAAAGAGAACCAGCCAUACCUGAUGUCAUCAACAAGCCAAUUACAGUCACUCCUGUUGAACAGGUGAAGAAAGAUGGAACAACAGCUAGUAACCAGGUAACCCUGUCUACAACCAACAAGGUCCAACCUCAUGUUGUAGGCGGAGAAAAAUCUGGUAUAAACAUCAUUGGCAUCAAAGAAUCCUCACCAUCUAGUACUCAAAAUAAACCUAAAUCCACUCCUGAGGAUAGCAGCAAAGUGAAAGAUGAAGAAAGUGACACCAGGACAAAAGGACCAGAAUACUGCAAAUACAGAACAAGAACAGAAAGAUACUCUUAAAGCAACAGAACAAAAGACAACUGAAAAUACACAAAAGACUGAAGAAAAACCAAAAUUUAAAUUGAAUCCAGAUGCUAAGGAAUUUAAACCAUGUCUAGUAACCAGUACAAAGACACCACCAUUACAGCCUUCAUACAUCCCAUAUGCACCAUCUCCAACACAAGGUAUUCAUAGAAUGCAAGGAUUCACAACUAUGAUGCGGCCACAGAUGAAACCACGUUCUCCAUUCACUCAAGGUCAGCGCUAUAUGCGUACUGAUGACUCUCAUAGUGGUAGCCCAAUCUCUGCUACUGCUGCCACAGGAAGCCCAAUAAUUGCACAACCUGGACCAAUCCCCCAGUUUAUUGCUCUACCAUCACAUCAACAGUUCCCAAAUAUGGUACAUCAAAUGCCACCCCAGGGUUAUAAUAUACAAGUACAUCCUGGGCAUCAAGGAGGACAGCAGCACUACAUGCCACCACAAACUGUUGGAAUGUCAACAGCUCAGAGUGUUGCUCAGGGAUAYCAAGAAAACACUAUGCCUCUAUAUGUUCCAAGUAACAUUCAAAUGGCUCCAGCACCAUCAUAUCCAGGAUCUCCACAGGCCAGUCCAACAACRUCUGGCCAGUUUCAACUUCAGUACAUUCCACAAAUGAUUCCCCAGCAGCAGGGCAAUCAACCAAUGCCGCAAGCCGUCAUUGCCCACUCAGCGCCRCCACCCCAACCUGUCUUUGUAGUACCACAACAACCCAAUCAACAACCUGUAGCAAUGCAUGGUAUUCCUGGACCUGGAAGUCCAUUGUUAAACCAAUUUGUUCCUGGUCCACAGCAGCACUUCCCACAAGGAAACUAAUUUUCUCGAAUUCACAAAUGGGAAAUUUUGCUUGCCGCCCUUAAUGUCUGCAGAUCUUCUUCCCAUUUUGCGCCCUCUCAAUUUUUUUGCUAUUGAGAUUUUACUUUCAAUUGCAGCAU